AUGCAUGUUUUGAACAACCCCGUCGUCCUUUUGGCGCUGGCCACAGCCGCCCAAGCUAACCCGGUCGAGGUCACAAGUGACCUCCAGGCCCGUGCGAACACGUGGGAAGCCCAUGCCAAGUAUUAUGGCUUAGGAGGCAAGAUUGGAAACGAGAUCCUUGUCCAAGGCACUUGGUCGAACCCGAUAAAGAACCCCGGGCAGGAUGCUGGGCCCUGUACUGCGAGAAUCGGUGGCAUCGGCGGGGAUGCCUUCGAUGUCAGAUGCAACUGCAAGAUUACCGGUUCUGGUCCCCUCCGAUUCACCUCAACUUGCUUUGUCGAUUGGGGAGCCUCCGCCCGCAACGGUGACUGGGCGGGCGGCUUUUCCGUCGCUUUCGAAUGCAACGCCUUCAAUAGCUGUACGGGUCCCAAUGCGUACAAGGUUUCCGGGGCGCACUCUCGGUGCCAUAACCAGUCCGGCAACGUUUGCAAUGGAUUCCGUGUCACUCCCUAA